AUGGCGACCAUGGAAAGAGUAAAUUCGGAUCUUGCUAGAGAAAGAAGAAACUCUACUUUUGACGUUGAACAACUUACAAAUUUUAUAUAUAGAGGUUCAGAGAAAGUUAAAAGAAGACGGUAUUUACAUAACUUAGCCAUAAAUGAUCCAGUGAUUAAAAAAGCUAAACCAUGGGCAUUUCAGACCAGAGAGGAACUAUAUGAGACAGCUUUGUGGAAAAAUCUUUACAUCAAUAAAAAAAUGAAAGAGCAUGGAAUUACAGAGCCUGCAGAUCGAUUCUACUAUCAGGAAGCCAUGACUCCACAUGAGAACAGUCCUAUUGGCCUCCACACAGUGAUGUUUAUUCCCACCAUAGAAAAACAGGCAACAAAAGAACAAAAAGAAAGAUGGCUGCCUUUAGCAGAAAGCCUAAAAAUGAUUGGAACAUAUGCUCAAACAGAAAUGGGCCAUGGUACAUUCAUAAGAGGGUUAGAAACAACCUCAACAUAUGAUCCAAAGACCAAGGAAUUUGUCCUCAACUCCCCCACUAUUACCUCCAUGAAAUAUUGGCCAGGAAAUUUGGGAAAGACAACAAACCACUGCCUUGUUAUGGCUCAGCUCUUCACACAAGGAAAAAACUGUGGAAUACAUAUGUUCAUGGUGCAAAUACGGGACCUUGAGACACAUAGGCCUCUGCCAGGUAUAGAAGUUGGUGACAUUGGCCCAAAGUUUGGAUAUGGUACUAAUGAUAAUGGCUACUUAAGACUGAACAAUGUUAGAAUACCCAGAGAAAACAUGCUCAUGAGAUACUCCAAGGUAUUAGAAGACGGUACUUUUGUGAAGCCCCCAAAUGCAAAGAUUGCGUAUGGUUCCAUGGUGCUGGUGAGAGCUGCCAUUGUAACUGAUGCCUCUCGUGCCCUGGCCCAGGCCUGUGUGAUUUCCAUUCGAUACAGUGCCGUCAGAAGACAAACAGAGGUCUCUCCAGGAGGUGAAGAAGCACAGAUUUUAGACUAUCAAACUCAGCAGUACAAGUUAUUCCCCUUACUUGCCACUUCUUAUGCUAUGUAUUUUGCUGGGAGGUUUAUGUAUGAUUUCUAUCUGAAAGCUACAGCUGAAAUUGAAGCUGGAAACCUAGAGUCCAUGCCUCAGCUCCAUGCCAUUUCUGCAGGAUUGAAAGCCUUUAGCUCCUGGACAUGUUCUGCUGGGGUGGAGACUUGUCGUCUUUGUUGUGGGGGUCAUGGCUACUCCCAUGCUAGUGGUCUUCCCAAGAUUUAUAUUGACUGUGUUCCUGGAUGUACCUAUGAAGGAGAAAACAAUGUCAUGAUGCUUCAAGUGGCCAGGUUUUUGAUGAAAAUAUAUGGGAAGAUGCAAAAUGGAGAAUCACUUCCAAGUUUUAUGCAGUAUUUAACCACUGACCUCAAUAAGAGGUCAUGCAUGACAGAGGAAGUGGCCCUGAAAUGUUUAGUUAUGGCGUAUGAACACAGAGCAGCAAGAAUGAUAAGAGAUGCAGCUGCAAACAUGCAGAACUUAGUACAAUGUGGAAAAUCUCCCAUGGAGGCUUGGAUUGGCUCUACAGUAAUGCUGACGUGGGCAGCUACAGCCCAUUGCCAUGCAUUUGUAACAAAACAUUUCGUAGAGACAAUAACUAAUUCCAAGAUGGAUGCCAAAGUGAGGUCAGCUCUGACUGGUUUGUGUAAGCUGUAUGCUGUUCAUGGUAUUGUUGAGAAUCUUGGGGGAUUUAUUCAGGAUGGAUUCUUCGACUGUAAUCAAGUAAGCCUUCUGCAAAAUAAAUUGAUGGAGCUAUUGGCAGAGAUCAGACCCAAUGCUGUAGCGUUUGUGGAUGCAUUCGAUUACCCUGACGAGGUACUCCAGAGCUGUUUGGGACGAUAUGAUGGACAGGUCUAUCAGGCUUUGUAUGAGUAUGCCAAAAGCUCGCCAUUAAAUGAGAAAGAGGUGCUUGAUUCCUACCACAAGUACAUCAAACCUGCUCAACAAGGAAAUGGAGCCAUUUACCAGAUUUCAAAAUUAUAAGAGCUUUUACAUUCUUAUAUUGAAACUGAACUUUUUGAUCAGUAUGUACAUUCAUACAUGUGUUUACUGGUUGAUACAACUGUAUCAUACAUGUGUUGACUGGUUGAUAUCUUAUAUGGAAUUUCAUGUGAAAACAAGUACAAACUUCUUUGUGGAGAUUUUAAUCCAUUAGACUGUGAUUGAAAAUCAACAUUAGUAAUGAUAUAAAUAGGUGCAAUAAUUAAUGUUUUUGAAAUGUGCAUAAUGUAACCUCAAUUGUAUGCAGAUAUCAGAAUAUAAAUAAUGUAUUCUUACCUUAAGGAGUCUUAAUCAGAUUUUGUCUUUCAUAAUCAGUCAUAUUGAAUUAUUAAUUUUGUGAAGAAAAUUAAAAUUGUGUCCUUUCUAUUGUAUGAAAAAUAGUAGAAGAUUGAUAUGUAAAACAAAAUACAACAAAAUAUGACAAUUAAGGUAAAAAAUUGCUAGCUUUUUAUCAUAAACUUUGAGGACUGCAGUAAAAUCAUAUUUACCACAUUCAUAAAAAUUUUUUAACAUUCAGUUUUUGUCUUCAUUUUAUUAAAAAAAAAGUCAUUGUAGAAAGGACGUGUUGAAUCUUAUACAAUAGUAUGCAUGCAUCUGUCCCUUUUAAUGAAGUGUUCUGUCAACAUGUAAAGAAAAAAAAUAUAUAUUUGAAUUAGCUGUGAUAUACAUGUAUUGCGUAUUUUAAUUAUGUUGUUAUUUAAAAGAUUUAUUGAUGUACAUUUUAGGUCACACGAUUGUUGGUUAUUGUAUUAUUUAUUUGUUUUAGGUUCAAUGUAUAGUGUACUUAUUGCUAUAAUUAUUGUAUUUUGAAAUUUUGAAAUAAACUUUGUCAGGUAAUUAGGUGUGCAUAUGUUUUGUAUAAGAUACCAGAUGAUCAGAUGUACCAUGUACAGUGUAAUCUAAUUACUUGUAGUUUCAUGCAGAGAAAUAUGUUAAUCCAAGCUUUGAUUAUGAUAAAUUAUUUUCUAAGAAUUAUUCAGAACAGUCACAUUGAGAUAGAAAAAUAUAUCAAGAUUCAAGAAUGAAGUUAUAAAUUCCAUACAUAAUCUGUAUCUUUGGAAGCUAGGAUUUAAUUUGUGAUAGAUGGAAGGUAAAAUAAUUACAAUAUUAAUACACAUUUCAUAGUAUUUACUGUUUAAAUUGUAAAUGGGUAGAUUACAAAAUCAUGCUUAUAGAUGUAUCUUAAAAAUAAGUGAAUUAAAAUUUUACUUUUGUUCUAUAAAUUACAGUGUAUAUGU